AUGGUCGGAAAGUCCGUUCUUACGUUGACAUUCAUCAUAAUCCUUCUUAUCACCUACGCCAUCUUCACAGGUACAAUCGAUCCAAAAUCAUACUUUUUCCCUCAAUUGCAGUCCCAAUCGAUUGAAUAUUCGACACCUAAUUGUAGCACCGAUUCGCCCCUCCGGGUAUACAUGUACGAUCUUCCUCGGAGAUUCAACGUGGGGAUGAUAGAUCGUAGGAGUUACAUGAAUGAAACUCCGGUGACCGCCCAGAAUUUCCCCCCAUGGCCGAGGACAUCGGGACUUAUGAAACAGCACAGUGUUGAGUAUUGGCUCAUGGCUUCAUUAAUAUUGUACGAACAGAACAAAAACAAUGGGAAUAAUAAUCUCCUUGAAGCUAUAAGAGUUUUCGAUCCGGAAACGGCUGAGGUUUUCUUCGUCCCGUUUUUCUCUUCCAUGAGUUUCAAUAUUCAUGGCCGUAAUAUGACCGAUCCGGACACGGAAUUUGAUCGGCAAUUACAGGUUGAUGUAAUAAAAUAUCUAAGGGAGUCGAGACAAUAUGAAAGGUCAAAAGGACGAGAUCAUGUCAUUGUGAUGCAUCAUCCCAACUCCUUCAGGUUCCUUAGAGAUCAAUUGAAUGCUUCAAUUCUUAUUGUGGCAGAUUUUGGCCGCAAUCCUAAAAUUGUAUCAAAUUUAAGCAAGGAUGUGGUUGCCCCUUAUGCACACGUGGUCGACUCCUUUGUGGACGAUAUUUCACCAACUCCUUACGAGUCUCGCACCACUCUUCUUUUCUUUCGCGGCAGAACAGUGCGAAAAGCCGAUGGGGUUGUUCGAGCUAAACUCAAGAAGAUAUUGGCCGGUUAUAAAGACGUUCGUUACGAGCAUGGUCUUGCAACAGAUGAAAGCAUAAAAUUGUCCUCAAAAGGGAUGCGAUCAUCCAAGUUCUGUUUGAGUCCUGCGGGAGACACCCCAUCUUCUAACCGCCUAUUUGAUGCAAUUGUGAGCCAUUGUGUCCCCGUGGUUGUGAGCGACAAAAUUGAACUCCCAUUUGAGGAUGAACUGGACUAUAAUAAGUUUUGUGUCUUCUUCUCGAUCAAUGAGGCUCUAACCCCUGGUUACAUGGUUAAACAACUCCGCAAUUUUCAUAAAGAGAAAUGGUUAGAAAUGUGGAGACAACUCAAUAAUGUAUCACAUUAUUUUGAAUAUGACCAAUAUCCUCCGAGGAAAGAGCUGGGUGCAACUUAUAUGAUAUGGAGACAAGUCAAAAACAAGGUUCCAAUCAUUAAUCUCGCUCUACAUAGAAAUGGCCGCUUGAAAGUGCCAGAUUGGUGGCUUAAUUAG